UUCCCCCCCCGUGACGUCACUCGUUGCCCCCGCCUACCUCCCGGGGGGCGUGGCCGUGCUGGGUGGGCGGGGAGAGGAAGUGCGGGGUGCCGGUCGUGGUGUGCGCGGGGAGAUGGGAUUAGGAUGAGCCAAAUGGAGGCGAAAGCUGAGGGGUGCUCAGGGACUGGGGGCCCUCGCAGCCUGGGGGUGCCCACAGGGGGUGGGGUGCUGCGGGGGCCCCAAAAAUGUAGGGGGAGACAGGGAGCAGGAAGGGGUGCCCUGGAAUGGGGAGUGCCUAUAUGUGGGAUGAUGCCACAGGGAUACGGAGCCCCAAAAGCGGCACCCAGCCGGCUCCCUGCAGCUGUGGUGUCACCGAUGAUGUGAGAGUGCCCCAGAAUAAUACGGGAGUGUCCCCGGAGUACAGGAGCACCCACAGGGAUGGAGUGAAGCCCUGCAGCUAUCAGAGUCCCACAAACAGACAGCACCCCACGCAUCCCAGGUGCGGCGUGCCCUGGGCUGGGGGUGCUGGGAAGGUGCCCCCCCAAACCGCUGCUUCCUCUUUGCACUGCAGAAGGUUUUGCAACCUUGCUUCCUCCCUGCGCUGCAUAAAGCAGCAGUGUCAGCUCUGUUUCAGGGUCACUUGGCAGAGGUGUGGGACCCGGUGGCAGCAGUGGGCCCACGUCUCCACGCUCCCAGGGGCUCCGUUUUGGGGUGACGGCGGGGGACAUCCCGUGGCAGCGCUCAGCCAGGCCUCGGAGCAGCCAAAUCUGGGAGCUGGGAAGGGGAGAAGAUUUGGGGUGCAGCAGAGGCAGCGACUGGUGGGCAAAAUGGGGACGUUUGAUGCUGACGAACUCUUCAGCAUCUUAUACAACUAUACUUCUGAUUAUGGCAACUACAGCCUGGCUGUGCCGGACAUCGAUAGCUCCUCUUCUCCAUGCCGUAAUGAAGGCUCCGUAGCCAACAAAUACUUGGUAGCCUUCAUCUACUGCUUGGUCUUCCUCCUCAGCAUGGUGGGCAAUGGGCUGGUGGUGCUGGUGGUCACCUCUAGCCACAUGAACCGCUCCGUUACCGACAUCUACCUGCUCAACCUGGCUGUGGCCGACCUGCUCUUUGCGCUCACCCUGCCACUCUGGGCCGUCUACUGGGCCCAUGAAUGGGUUUUUGGCACCGUCAUGUGCAAAGCCAUCUCGGUGCUGCAGGAAUCCAACUUCUACAGUGGCAUCCUGCUGCUGGCUUGCAUCAGCGUGGAUCGCUACUUGGCCAUCGUCUACGCCACCCGUGCUGUCACCGAGAAGAGGCACUGGGUGAAGUUUGUCUGUGUGGGAAUCUGGGUGUUUUCGGUGCUGCUCUCCCUGCCCGUGCUGCUGUUCCGUGAGGCGUUUGUCUCAGACCGCAAUGGCACGGUUUGCUACGAGCGCAUUGGCAAUGAGAAUACCACCAAGUGGAGGGUGGUGCUGCGGGUGCUGCCGCAGACCUUCGGCUUCGCCCUGCCCCUCUUGGUCAUGCUCUUCUGCUAUGGUGUCACCGUGCACACCCUCCUGCAGACCAAGAACGUCCAGAAGCAGCGUGCCAUGAAGGUCAUCCUAGCUGUGGUGCUGGUCUUCCUUGUCUGCUGGCUGCCCUACAACAUCACACUGGUGAGCGAUACUCUCAUGAGGACGCAUGCCAUCAGCGAGACCUGUGGGAGGAGGAAACACAUCGACACAGCUCUCUCCAUCACGCAGGUCCUUGGUUUUGCCCACAGUUGCAUUAACCCCAUCAUCUAUGCCUUCAUUGGGCAGAAGUUUCGCAACAGCUUCCUCAAGAUCCUGGCACAGCGCGGCUUCAUCAGCAAGGAUGCUGUGGCACGCUACGGCCGCACCUCCUACACUUCCACCUCUGGCAACACCUCCACCACUCUCUGAGCUCCACUGCUCCCCAAGACCCGGUGCAUGAAGUCCUGGCACCCCAUACACCCCAGCAUCCUAACCCCAGACACAGCCUUGGGCAGUGGGUAUGGCUCCCUGGCACACAGAUGGGUGUCACUGUGGGCUGCACACGGUCACACUGCGCACGUCAGCAUGGGGGUCUCAAUGGAAAGAUGCUGACCACUGCAUACUCUCCCUGCGCUUUGGGAUAAAGCUUAUGACUUUGAGGACAUCAUGGCCCCGGUGUGGCAAUGAUAGCUGCCCAGCAAUAAAGGAGGUGGCGAGUUUU